UAUGGAUCCCAGAUCAUAAAACAAUUCUGAGAAUUAAAUUCAUGGUGAUGAUAAUGAAGAUUAAAGAUCAGGGGAUGAAGCAGUAUUAAUUAAAUAAAUUUUAAGGAUAAGUUAAACAAUUUCAAACACAAUAUUAAUGAAGGUGGAGAAGUAAUCCAUGAAAACGUCAAAAAAAUAGAUAUGAAAAAAACAUUAAAUGAUACAACUUUCAUAUUAACAUGUUUAAAAAAUCAUUUUGUAUUUUACAAUCUAAGUGAAGCAGAACUGUAAUAUAAAAUGUUCAUAUUUUUAAUAGUGAGAAUAUUGUAAACAAAAUGUUUUAUUGUGAGGCAGCUGCAUAAACAUAUAUCUUCAAAUAAUAGGAUCAUGCAACCUGUUUUUUUAUAUUAUAGAGAGGAAGUUUAGAAGUAAUUGUUAAUGAGAAGGUAUUCUAUAUAUUUAAAUUUUAAAGGCUAAGAGAGAAUUAAAAACAGGGGAUGGAUUUGGAGAAUUGGCAUUAUUAUAUAAUGCUCCUCGUUCUGCAUCUGUAAAAUGCUUUGAGAAUUGUAAUCUAUGGGGAAUAGAUAGAAAUACUUUUAGAAGAGCAGUUGAAGAAAUGAUAACAAAAGAAUAUGAAGAAAAUAGAAAGUUUAUGGAAGUAGUUAGAUUUUUCCGUAAGUUCUUUAUAAUAUGUAAUUAGAUAAUUUAACAAAUGAAUAGAAGGAUGCAAUUGCUGCAGUUUUAAUAGUAUAGAAAUUUUAUAAAAAUUAAAUUAUUGUAAAUGAAGGUGAUCCAGGAUCUUCAUUUUAUAUAAUCAAAGAGGUAUAUAGAUAUCUGAUAUAUGACUUUUAGGGAACUGUUUCAGUUUUGAAAGGGAAUAAAGAAGUUAGAAAAUUAUAUAAGGGAGAUUCCUUUGGAGAAUAAGCUUUAUAUUAUAAUACAGUAAGAUAAAUGACUGUUAGAGCAGAAGAUGAUGUUAAAUGUUUAGCAUUGGGAAGAGAUUCAUUAACUAAAAUAUUAGGAGAUUAAGUUCAUGUUGUAACAUUUAGGAAUUUAUAAAAAUGGGCAUUUGAAAAGAAUGCUUUAUUAAGCAAAUUAACUAAGGCUUAGAUUGAUAAAGUUUUAGAUGUUAUGAAAAUAUCUUCAUGUAAAGCUGGUGAUGUGAUUUUGAAAAAAGGAACAUAGGCAAAUUAAAAGAUUAUUGUUAUAAUAGAAGGUAGUUUAAAAAAGAGUAAAUCUGGAAUUACUGUUGCUACUAAAGCAUAAGCAUGGGGAGAGGAAUAUUUCUUAUAAACUAAUAAAGCUAAAAUGUAAUUAUAUAAUUUAUAAUAAUUUAGUUUAGAUGAUGAUAUAGUUAUGGAAACUGAUGGAGUUAUUGCAGAAAUUACAGCUGAUAAUUUUAUAGAUUGUAUUGGAGGAGAAUUAGAAGAAAUUAUUAAAAAAAAUGAAAAAAUCUUAGAAAAAAAAUUAUAAAAGUCAGAUCAAACUAAAAAAAAGGAAGCUUAAAAUAUAAAAAAAUCUGAACUCAGUCAUAUUAAAACUAUUGCUUAUGGUUAAUUUGGUCCUGUUUAUUUAGUUAAAGCUAAAUUUAAUUAAUAAUUAUAUGUUUUAAAAGCAUUUAAUAAAAAUUAGAUUAAUGAACAAACUCUUGAAAAGUAUUUUUAUUUCAUAUUUUUAUGUACCUUCAAUAAGAGAAGCAAGUAUUAGAAAUUGUAAAUUUUCCAUUUAUCAUUUCAUUUAUGAAAACAUUUAAAGAUGCUUUGGAUGUUUAUUUCCUUCUUGAAUAUGUUCGA